GUGUGUGUGUGUGUGUGUGUGUUCGUGUUCUCUUUAAGAACACCAUGCACGCCUCAGUCUGUAGUCCAGGUGUCCAGAUAUCCAGCAGGAGAGAUUGGCUGAUCAGUGGAGGAGUGCGCGUGUGUGACUGUACGUGCGCGCGCUGCGAGCCUUUAGGUGAAGGUUCUCUGCGGCUGUGCGCGCGCCGCCCUCAUAGAUAUUUGCCUCUGCUCACACUCAGAAGAUCCUGAGCCAUGUCCUUUUUUUCUGUCAUCGCCAAACAAGUGAAGACCCAUCCUUCUCUGAUUCCCCUUGUCUUCAUCGGUGGAGGGGCAACCAUGAGCAUGCUGUACCUGACCAGGCUGGCCCUGAAAAAUCCUGAUGUCUCAUGGGAUCGUACAAACAACCCUGAGCCCUGGAACAAGAUGGAGCCCAAUCAGCAGUAUAAACUGUUUGCUGUUAAUAUGGAUUACUCGAGUGAAGAAGAUCGGCCAGACUUCUAAUGUUCACAUCCCACUCGUAUGAGAGGCUUUGCACUUUUUUUGGGGGCAAAACAAACAUCUCUGAGAUUGAAUUCAUGUUGAAUAGAUCUAAUUGGUAGUUAACAUCUAGUACGAAAGAAGACAUGGCUUGUCCACAUACGGAAGACUAUAUGAAUAAAAGCAGGCUACCACCUGCUUCCUGUUUGUGAAAUACUAUCUUUGUGUUUGAUUUAUUAUCAAUAAUUAAAAUUAUUACAGCUGUGA